AGUUACUUGUCACCGGAGAAAUCUGUUGACUCAGUCGACGGCGUCGUUCUCCACAGAGACAGCAAGUCGCUAGGUUACAACCCCUUCCCUGUGUUCCAGUUCCCUCAGGCCCCCCAGAAGUUCCCCACCCACCCAGCCCUCCCGUUCAAACCUCGACAGAUUGAGCUGCGGCAACCGCAGAUGAAAUUCACUCCCGGUGCCGGAACGGGACGGGUGAUCAUUCCCCAGACCGAUUCCCCGUUCCCGGCUCCGUAUCUCCAGGGGCGUGGCCCCGGAAUGCAGACGCCGUUUUCGGAGGUCCCGAUCCAAUGCCAGCCACGAACUGCGUUCCAGAUUAACAGAGGAACCGGGAGCAUUCAGGUUGCCACGGCAACGACGCAGGGUCGACAGAUGUCGUUACCAGCGCCCCACAUGAUAACACGGGGAAGAAAACGCAUCUUUUCAAUGGCUGGCAAACAGACCGUCGGGGGUUACGAGGGGAUGGAAGACGAAAGAUUACAAAGAAGAAAGCGACUAAUGCACCGAGCACGAACGGUCGGCAGCUCACCUUCGCAGCAACCGACAAUCGAUGCCGAAAAGCUCCGUAGAUGUCAAACUCCCGAUUUCUCCCUCGAGGACACGGACAAGCUGAAACCCCGGGAAGGAAAGAAAGGUCUUGCACUGCGAAAGUGUAAGACGCCAGACACCAUUAUGAUGAGAGGGGGCUCGAAGAGAGACGGGGGAGGGGUGGGGGAGGGAGGGACAAAGAGGUUUUCAGAGUCGCCGGAAACCGAGGGGUCGUCGAGUUUGACCGCCUCCCCGGAGUCUAAAUCAGGGGGCCACCCCGAAGACGAACGAGAGGUCGAAGGUGAAGAGGAGGAGGGAGGGAAGGAGGAGAGGGGCUUUCGGGGUGCGGCUUCAGCAGCUGAGCAUAUGUCGGUUGCCAAGGUACUCUCUCUGGACAGCGGUCGGCGGAGGUUGGGGUCGUGGAGAGAAAGAUUGAGAAAAGAUCCCGGUUCCCCGCAAGAGGGGGCGAGCAAAUCAGCCAAAAUCCCCAGCCACAUUACAUCAUCGACGUCCGCAUAUCUCCUAAGCAGUGGGAUAGCUGCAGGGGACACUAGCGGUGCAGAAGUUACGUCGACGACGGAUGAAAACCCCCCCUACAUCUAUUUCUCUCUCUACUUUGACAUUCAGCGAAGGGCGCUCAUGGUCAACCUCAUAAAAGUCGAAAAUCUUCCUCUGAAACCUCCAAACCAGGGCUCGUGUGACCCGUUCGUGAUGCUGUUUCUUCUGCCCAACAAGCAAGAGGUUCUGCAGUCGGUCGUCAAGCAACGGACGUUGAAUCCCGAGUUUCAGCAGGUGUUCGAGUUUGGAGGAAUUCUGGCAAACGACUUGAAGAAUCAGGUCUUGGUUUUUCGCGUCUUUGACCACGACAGGUUCUCAAAGAAUGACCUGAUGGGAACGGUGAUAAUGCCACUGAAGGACGCGGAUCUGUAUGGCGUGCUGAUGAGGAGACCCGUGGACCAGAGAAAGGGGCUGCUGAAGCAAUUCUCGGCGGGCGAUCUCCUCUUUUCCCUGACGUACUCUGAAGAAAGGAGGGUGAUCAAUGGAAUAAUUCUGAAGGCUACAAACCUUCGCAAGGCUGAUAUCUGGGGACUGGCAGGUAUUAUUCUAUUGUGUAUUACACACCUUUUCAAAACACCACUACAUAGCUAAAAAUCCUGUUCUGUUACGUCGAAACCUCUAUAGUUCUAGCUGUUUUGCUGCAUUCGUUGCAGAUCCGUAUGUGAAGAUAUACAUGAUCCACGAGAGCAAACGAAUGAACAAGUGGAAAACGGAGGUCAAGAAAAACACGCUCGUCCCGAUCUACAACGAGUCGUUCCAGUUUGACGUGUCCGGUCUCGACAUCCGCAAUGUCAGCCUCGAGGUAUGGGUCAUGGACUACGACUGGUUUAGCCGGAACGACAAGAUGGGCGUGGUUUACGUCGGGGCAAAUUCCCCCCAGGAAGUGGGUCGUAAUCACUGGAUGGAGAUUAUCAGUGCCCCUGAGCACCAGACCAGUCACUGGCACACAAUUAUUCCUUACACUGACUUAAAGCAAGUACUGCCACUGGCAAAACAACAGCUGCAACAAAGGCAACAACAACAACAAGAACUGCAACAACAACAACAACAACAAAGGCAACAACAGCAUCGACGUCAACGGCAACGACGAGUCCAAUACUUGCAACCCCCGCCAAACCCCGCCCAGCAACAGCAGUUGCCAGGCAGCGAUACAAACACGUCUGACGCAUCAGCAGCCCCCUGAUAGAUACAAUCUAGCUAGAGUGUCGUUUUUUGCGAUUUGUACGUUUUACUUGUGCGUAUACAGAGCCUUUUAUGUAUUCAAUCAGUCACGUUUUCAUUUUUGAGGUUUUAUGCAUCGAUUUUUUGUGAUCAUGAUUGGUAUUUAUCAGAAGUGAC